CGUAUGGACUGUGGGAUUAGAUUAUCGUCUUCCUCUUUGGCCAGUCUUCAUGGUAGGGGUUUAUGCUUUAUCUUCAAGCGCUCGCAGCAUUUUCCUUACAAAUUCUCAAAUGAAAAUGGCUCUCCUUCAGCAGGCGUGCACAGCCCCAUUGUCACGUGCCUUCCGUGUCCGUGCUUUCGCUGUCGCUUCCACCGCCGUCACCGGCCCGGUCUCCGCACCUGCUCUCAAGAAGGCCUCUAAGUCUCAACCGGACUCGCGAGUUCUCCUCGGCAUGUCAGAGCAGGAGCUUCAACAGCUCGCUCUCGACUUGGGUCAGCAAAGUUAUAGAGGGAAGCAAUUGCAUCAUAUACUGUAUAAGAGGAAGGUGAAGGAAAUACAGGAGUUUAUUCAGUUGCCACUGGCAUUCAGAAGUGAACUAGAAGAGGCUGGCUGGAAGGUUGGAAGAUCACCAAUUCAUAAGGCUGUCACAGCAGCUGAUGGAACUGUUAAGUUGUUGAUAAAAUUGGAAGACAAUCUACUAGUGGAGACAGUGGGCAUACCAGUUGCAGAUGAUAACGGUUCAUUUCGCUUGACAGCAUGUGUCUCAUCUCAGGUGGGAUGCCCAUUGCGCUGCUCCUUCUGUGCCACAGGAAAGGGAGGAUUCUCAAGGAACCUUAGAAGACACGAGAUAGUUGAACAGGUCUUAGUAAUAGAAGAGGUCUUCAAGCAUAGAGUUACAAAUGUUGUGUUUAUGGGCAUGGGUGAGCCAAUGUUGAAUUUGAAAGAAGUUCUUGAAGCACACCGUUGCCUGAAUAAGGAUGUUCAAAUUGGGCAAAGGAUGAUAACAAUUUCGACUGUUGGAGUUCCAAACACAAUAAAAAAGCUGGCUUCUCACAAACUUCAGUCUACGUUGGCUCUCAGCUUGCAUGCUCCAAAUCAGAAACUCCGGGAAAUGAUUGUUCCAAGUGCAAAGGUCUAUCCCUUGGAUGCAAUUAUGAAGGAUUGUAGGGACUAUUUCGUAGAAACUAGUCGACGGGUCUCCUUUGAGUAUACACUUUUAGCUGGAGUAAAUGAUGCAGUUGAACAGGCAAUUGAACUAGCAGAACUACUUCAUAAGUGGGGUCGAGGUCAUCAUGUGAACUUAAUACCUUUCAAUCCAAUAGAGGGCUCUGAAUAUAAGCGUCCAUAUAAAAAAUCAGUUCUUGCAUUUGUAGCUGCUCUAGAGUCCCGUAAAAUAACUGUCAGCGUACGCCAAACACGAGGACUUGAUGCAAGCGCAGCUUGUGGACAGCUGAGAAAUGAAUUCCAGAAAAAUCCUUUGCUUGUUGUUCCUGAGAACCAGGAGUCUCAUUCAGAAGUUGCAAUUGCUUCUUGAAACGGUGAACAUUAAGCUUACCCUCAGUGCUGCUAUGUUGUAUAAUUUGGCAUAUCAUAUAUUCAUAUCACAGCUCCCCAUAGUUUCACCAGACAUUCGAGCUCUCUCUCAGAAUCAUGAUACCCCCGAAGAAUGCUCGCUGAAGAAGCCUGUGCUGCAUUGCUAUCAUGAAUGGGAUACUUCAAUCUGAAAAUGAUGCAUCAAUCUGUUGUUCUGUUUGCUGUUUGGCGUCACAAAAUGCUUUUCGAUGAGGGGCGAAUCAAGCCAACUGAGUUUUGGAAUUAGAGGUUUACUGAUGUACAUAGUUGCCUUUGCCUGGACUAAUAAUCUAAUAUUGCCUUCUGGAGGGGAAGGUCUAGGGUAUACUGUGCGGACUCAUAUUUGAUCAUACACAUAAUUUGAUGUAAUGUACCCCCCAAAAAAAAAAAGAAAAAAAAAAAGGGUUUGGUCAAAUUUAACUUUUUAUUUUUUA